AUGGCUGCUUGCCUCUUGACGCAUCACAACAUACUGAGCGAGGCCAAUGCACACCAAGGGGAUGCACAAUCUGCCAUCAAGGAGUCUGCUCCUGAUCUCCAGCUUCCCUUAAUGGGCAGCCAAGCUUGCAGCCCAUCUGGCGCUGACUCACACGGACCCCGCACUCGGAUCUUGGAAGGUCAGAACCUGGCAACGGAUAAUGUGUCGGUGGUGGAAGGCGAGAUGGCCACUAUCAGCUGCAGAGUGAAGAACAACGACGACUCAGUCAUCCAGCUCCUCAACCCCAAUAGACAGACCAUCUACUUCAGGGAUGUCAGACCCCUGAAGGACAGCCGGUUCCAGCUGGUGAAUUUCUCUGACAAUGAGCUGCGGGUGUCUCUGUCCAAUGUGUCACUCUCCGACGAGGGCCGCUACGUGUGCCAGCUCUACACUGACCCCCCUCAGGAGGCUUACGCGGACAUCAUUGUACUCGUCCCGCCGGGUAGCCCAAUCAUCGAGAGUCGUGAGGAUGUGGUCAGCGAGGGCAACGAGACGGAGCUCACCUGCACGGCCAGCGGAAGCAAGCCAGCAGCCUCCAUACGAUGGAUGAAAGGAGAUGAGGAAAUGACAGGAGAAACGACAGUAGAGGAGACGUACGACCGGAUGUUUACUGUGACCAGCCGGGUGCGGUUUUCCGUCACUAAAGAGGACGAUGGCAUGCCGGUAGACUGUGUUGUCGACCACCCGGCCGCCAACGACCUUUUGGCUCAACGAAACCUGGAAGUGCUAUAUAAACCUGAAGUGAAAAUUGUGGUGACGUAUCCCGAAGGAUUAACUCGAGAGGGCGACAAUCUUGAUCUGACAUGCAUCGCUGGAGGAAAACCUCAUCCUCAUGAGAUCAGUUGGGUAAGGGUGGACGAGGAUGUGCCGCCUCACGCUGUGGUCACCGGUUCAGACCUCUACAUCGAAAACCUCAACAAGUCGUUCAAUGGCACGUAUCGCUGUGUGGCCUCCAACACCAUAGGCGAGGCUUACGACGACUACAUCCUCCACGUGUACGAUGCUCCCACUACUAUCCCCACACCCACCACCAACCCAGUCAACACGCAAGAUUCCCGAGCGGGCGAGGGUGCACCACCCAAACUUGACCACGCAGUGAUUGGAGGGGUUGUUGCCGUGGUGAUGUUCGCCAUCCUCUGCGCGCUCAUUGUUCUUGGUCGAUACUUUGCCAGACACAAAGGCACCUACUUCACACAUGAAGCCAAAGGAGCGGACGACGCCGCGGACGCCGACACGGCCAUCAUCAACGCUGAGGGCGGACACAACAACACAGAUGAAAAGAAAGAGUAUUACAUAUAA